AACAUGGAAGUCUUUGCAUUAAAGGUUGAAGAUCCAGGUUGCUUUUGGGUUACUAUGAAAGAAUGUGGGCCUUUUGUAGUUGAUGAAGUGGCAUAUAAAAAACUGAAUGAUGAAAUGAAUCAGUUCUAUGACAAAUCUUACAAAGAUGCACAUGAAGUAAAGCCAGUAACAGUGGCAGAAGGCCAGGUUUGUGUGGUUUUCUGUGAGGAGCUCAGAUGUUGGUGUAGAGCAGUUAUUAAGUCGGUCAUGUACUGUACAGAUCAUUAUCAAGCGGAAUGUUUCCUUGUGGAUUAUGCAAAAUACAUUUUUAUUAAAUCAAAGGACAUUCGAGUUGCUAUGGAACCAUUUAUGCAGCUCCCAUAUAGAGCAAAGAAGUGUAGACUGUAUCGCACAAGGCCAGUGACACUGCGUAUCGACUUGUGUGAAGGGACUGCAAAAAUGGUACCAGCCAAACGAUGGGAUAUUGCUGCUACAUGGUAUUUUCAGAACCUUCUCAAAGCCUCUACCCAUAUGAAAGCCAAGUUGUGUGCCAUAGAAGAUAACACAUUUGAUGUUUUCCUUUAUGUGACGAUAAAAGACGAAAAGGUAUGUGUUAAUGAUGAUCUUGUCUCGAAGAACUUUGCUUGUUUUGAGGAAGCUGAAGAGAAUACAGGGACUUCUGCAGAUUGUCAGGAGAAUCAAACCUCAUUAAAUGCUGAGAGUCUUCCAGUGAAAAUUGUUAGUCCUACACUUGAUUUCAGGCCAGAGCUGUUUCAGAAGAUACCAGGAAAUCUUGGAACAGGUCUUGCUGUUUCCAGUUCCUCCCUUGAAGACAUACACCAAAGGUUAAGAACAGGUCCAGGUUUAAAUACUGUGCUGGUUGCCAAAGCAGUUCCAGAUUUGCCUUUCAAGGAAAAUACGGAAGUCCACACAGACAAGCUUCAGCAGUGCUUAAAUUCUGAUCUUCUGAAGACACAUGUAGUAGAAGAUGACCAACAGAGUUCUAAAAAUCUUAGUGAAGAAAGAAACUUAGUCUUUCUUAGCAACAAAAUUGAGCCAUCAUCAAGUCUGGAAACAGCACCACUCUUUCAUGGGCUCAAAAAGGAACUUACUCGGAAAAAAUUCUUGGGCCCUAACUUCACAGAAUCUUACUGUUGGCCUUCAGUAGCUCGAGGAUGUGAUGUAGUUGCUAUCUCGUAUCAGGGAAAUGAUCCUUUCAUAUAUGUUCCACCACUACUUACUUUACUGCAGUUGGAAGGUUGCUACAAAGCCUUUACAAACAGGAGUGGCCCACUAGCACUUAUUUUAUGUCCUGGGUGGAAGAAGGCACAACUUGUUUUUGAGCUGCUGAAAACAUACGAGAGAUGCUCCAGACAGUUUCAUCCGAUGUUGAUAAUACUUGGGCAGAACAAAGCAGCAGCUAGCAGUGUGAAAAUACAAGGCUGUGAAGUAAUCGUGACUACACCAUAUAGCUUCCUGAGACUGUUUGAACGUCACAAUUUGUUUUGUCGACUUUGCCAUCUUGUUCUUGAUGAGAUUGAGGUGCUGUUUUCUGAUGCUGCUGAACAGGUUUUUACCAUAUUAGAUUGUUACAAGAAAGCCACUAUUACUGAAGAGUGGCAGUAUUCACCCCGUCAGAUCAUUGCUGUUGGAACUCAUUGGAAUAAACACAUAGCACACAUGAUAAAGGAGUUCAUGUAUGAUCCUUAUGUUGUGAUAACAGCUAUGGAAGAAGCUUCCAUCUGUGGAAAUGUGCAACAGGUUGUGCAACGUUGUGUGAACAGUGAGAGAAUUUCUGUGUUACUCAAAAUACUGGAUUUUACCCACAGUAAUCCUCAGAAGGUGCUGGUAUUCACUAAUUCAGUAAAUGAAGCAGAUGUGAUUCAUGAGGCACUGAAGAGCAACUCAAUAUUUUCCUUGAAAAUACAUAAAGAGAGCGAUUCCAAGUAUAUCUUAGAGCAGUGGACAAAAAAGUAUAAUUCUGGCAGUCCUGUUCUGCUAGUCUCAACAGAUGACUGCAUGCAGUCUUUGGGAAUUACAGAUGCAACUUGUGUGAUACAUUUCAGUUUUCCUUCUCCAAGAAUCUUUGGUCAGCGUCUACACACCAUGUCUGACAACUUCUCUAAUGAUUCUUCUGUAGAUCAGGAACAUACAAAGGCAAGGUCAGUCAUUUUGCUCACAGAAAACAGUGGCUGCCAUGCACUUGGGAUCCUGCGCUUUUUGCAGCACGCAGAAGCUGAAAUUCCACCAGAACUUCAUGAUUUUACUGCCAAGAUGCUAGAAGCUGAAGAAGAUAAGAAAUUUUCAAGGCCACUGUGUGCCUAUCUUAAAACAUUUGGGAUUUGCAAGAAUAGAACAGCUUGUCCAGAUCGUCAUCAAAUUAAUAUGCAAAUGGAUAUACCCCAGAAUAUACCUGAUAAAAUUCUACAGGCACCUGGAUAUGUGACAAUACUGCCUCUCCACAUUGUAAGUGCAACAAACUACUUUGGUCGAAUAGUAGAUAAGGAAAAAGACCAAUACACAAUUCUUGCCGAAGAAAUUAAUGACUAUUUUGAGAACCCAAGUAACAGAAUUUCUGUUAAAAACGUGGAGGCGCAAGCAUUGUAUGGAUUAUGUGAGAAAAGACUUUUUCACAGGGUUCAGGUGUUAGAGAUAUACUCAAAAGAGGAGGAAAAUCUGUUCUUCAGUGUCAAAAUUAAAUAUAUAGAUGAAGGCAGAAUAACUCAAGUUCAGAGCUGUCAGCUUCUUCAUUUGCCUGCAAGGUUUCAGUGCCUGCCACCUCAGGCUGUGGAAUUUGUAGUUUGUAGAGUGAAACCCAUUGAUAAAGAAACUGAAUGGAACCCAAAGGUAACUCAAUACAUAAAUUACAAAAUUAAAGGAAAACCACAUGAAGCAAAAAUAGUACAUACCUUGGGAAAUACAGCUUGGGUUGACCAAAUGGUUCGGAUAACCAGACUGUCAGAGUUGAAGAUAACAACCAAUGAAUACAACGUUCGAUCUGAGAUUUUGUCUACGGGUAUGGGGACUGACAAUCCCGAACAUAUAAUGCAACUUCAGAAGUUGUGUGGACACCUGAAAUUAUUAGAUCACACAGAGAACUUAGAGUCUUUUGCUUGUUCAGGAGACAAAUUUUAUUUGGCUGACAUGGAGCUGCAUCAGCAUAUACUUGCAGAAAAGUCUACAUGUGUGAUAAAGGAUAAAGAGGUUGUUAUUAUUCUUGUGAAAGAGCAAAAAGGAUCAUGGUGCAAAUUACUGAAGAACAAGAAUAAUCACGUGUCUCUUGAUUUUGAACACUGGAAAGACUGUGAAGAUGAUAGCCCUUUUACAGGUGGUACUAAAAAAAUGUAUGUCACUGAUGCAGUAUCAGAAGAUUUGGUUGACUCCUCAGAAGUCAGUGAAACAGAAAGUGAUGACUAAUUUGGAUACAGAUCUUUUUCCUCUGAUAAGAAUUAUUCUUCAAAACAGUUGCUUGCAUGAGUAUUUCCAGCAAAAUUCAUAAAACUAAACA